AGGUACAUACCCACAUACGUCGUCUACGUUUGCUAAUUUCACACUGCUUCCGUAUACCGUAACGCCGUGCCCACGCUGAGAGCGCCUUUCGACGAGGUGUAUUCGAUGGCUACGUAUUACCUCGGACGAACGCCGUUGUCCAUGUAAUUAACGGCAAGCUGAUGGACUGGCAGCAUGUCCGACUAGCCUCUGCGAACCUGCUCCUGCAUCUCUCGGACUUCGACGACUUUGGCUUCCUCUUCGCUGUUAGCCGGACGAGGCGCCCAGCCGGGUGCGUCAUUGUCGAGCUCAGCAUCCACGACGUAGCUUGGCGAUCUGCGAGGUGGUUUCAUCAAGACUUCGAUGCGUGUCUCCUCGUGAUGGUCCCGGAGCUCGCCUCUCGAGUCGGGUCCAAAAAGUAUCUCCAGUUCUCUGGGGUGUCCUUGCCAGUGACUACUUAGCGGCGAAGAGGCUUCCUACACUAU